AUGCACGGCAUCCGCCGGUGGCACGUGCGUUUUGUUAAUCGUGCGUGCCAGUCUCUGCCUGGUUCCCUCGUAUUUUCGGCGUGCCGGCACUGCGCGACGGUUCCCACGGAAGACGAUGUGCGCAAGGCGUACAAGAUACUUGGGGUGCACACCUCGGCCACUUUGACCGAUGUGAAGAAGCGCUACGGAGACCUCGCCAAGGAGCAUCAUCCAGACGUGUCGAACUCCUCUGCGACUUCUAGCACGAACCGCAUGACAGACAUUAACAACGCCUACAACACGGUGAAGCAGUUUCAUCAGGCGGGCAGGCGGCUCUUCGAGGCUACGCGCGCGCCAAGCACAGGUGGGGCAUCCAACUCCUCGUCCUCCUACUCAAAGCAGGAGAGUGCGUACCAGCCCUGGUAUGAAGACAUGGACCCCCUCAUGUACGAGCUCAUGUGGGAGGAGAUGCGACGACAAAACGAGGAGGACGGCUUUGCCCGAAACAUGCACGCGGAGGCGUUUUACCGCCCCAACGACCGAUGGCGACCACCGCGCGGUAAUGCCUCAGCCAGACCGCGGCAGUCGUCCGGCAGCAGUGACGGUAAGCAGUCACACGCUGGAAAGAAGAGCUCGUCCUCGACGACCUGGCCUGAGGAGCAGGUGAAGGCGAUGGUGAACAUGUACCAAGAUGGCAAGAGCUUUGAGUUCAUUGCCAACGCUCUCGGGAAGGAGAGUGCAGCGGCGGUGGUGGAGGAGUUCAACCGGUGGAGCAGCGACAAUCAGCCGCAGCGGCGCAAAGGGGCGAAGCCGCACCACGCAAGGCGGCACCGCCACCAUGGGGGACACGGGUUCUUCUACCAUACCGAGUCGCCGGACGAAGUGCCGUUUGAGCUGUAUGAGAUGAUGGAAGAGGAGCCGUACUACGAUGGCUCUUCCGAGGAAGAUGGAAAUCCGUUCGGGUACUAUCCAGGCGACGGAGAGGCGUACGACAUGCCAUCCGCGCACGCAACCCCGUUCUACGGCGUGCAUCAGAUGAGCGGAGGCCCCGCGCCGUAUGGGCGCUUUGAGGAAGUCGCGGGUCGCGUGUACAACUCGUCGCGGAAGAUGUCGCACAGGUCCAUGCGCAACCACCGCGGCGGCCCUCCUAACAAAAAUAGGCGCUACGGCGGAACUUCGAGUAACCACAAGGGAAGUGGCGGCGGCUUUCAGUCGGGCAACGGUAAGAGUCACAGCAGCGGCGGGGGCAAAGCAUGA